GGCCGCGGCGUUUCCAUGACGACGACGUCAGGGGGGGCCCCCGGGUGGGGUCCGCUCGAGCGCAUGCGCGCGCGUGCGGGUCGCGGUCCGUCUUUCCCGAGUCGCCCGCGCUGCUGUUCGCGGUUCUGUGAACCGCGGGCGGCCUGGGCUCCCUCUGCCAUGGCCCCCGCGCCCAGGUCCUUGCUGUCGCCGCCGACUUUGCUGCUGCUGCUGCUGCUGAGCCUGGCGCUGCUAGGCGCCCGCGCUGAGCCCGCCGCCGGGAGCGCUGUCCCCGCGCAAAGCCGUCCGUGCGUGGACUGUCACGCAUUUGAAUUCAUGCAGCGCGCCCUUCAGGACCUACGGAAAACCGCCUACAGCCUGGACGCACGGACGGAGACCCUCCUGCUGCAGGCUGAGCGCCGGGCUCUGUGUGCCUGCUGGCCAGCUGGACGCUGAAGAUCAUUGCCAGUGAUGUUCCCUGUCAAUAAACGCCUGCUAGCAA